CGACAUAAUAUAAAACGUCAAAUAUAACAAAUAAACCCCCAAACACUCAUUGUCUGACAAUGUCCUUCAGACUAGUAACUGUUGGAGUUUGCAGGGACAAGGAGAAGAGGUAUCUAGAAAAUCUUGCUUCCAUUUUGGAAAGCCCACUGCCAAGCCGGCUAGAUAUUGGGAAGAAUGAUCAACAAUCUGAAUGUGGAAUUUGCUACGCUCAAUGUCUUCCUAUUGAUGAUGAGCUUGGAUCUAUGAGCGGUUCUCAAACUGACUACACGUGUGAGAAUGCAAACUGCGAUAGGGCUUUUCAUCGUGUUUGUCUGGGUGACUGGUUGCGCUCCAUAACAACGACAAGGCAGUCAUUCGAUGUCCUGUUUGGCAACUGCCCCUACUGCUCCGACCCAGUUGCAAUCAAAAUGACUGAUGCCAGCAAGUAAUUUUGGUUUCUUCUGUAAUCUCCUGUUCUCGGGAGAACAAUCAAUGAUGGGAAGGGAAGGUUGGCAUUAAUGGGUUGAAGAAAAGCAAGGAAGCAGCCAGCAAGGUUGUGAUGGUGAGUGAAAGCAUCUCAGUAACCAACGCCAGCUUGUUGUUGCUCUGUAUAUAUGCAGUGCCACUGCUUCUACAGUUCUCAUUAGCCUUAGACCUACGACCUAACAAUCAUUUGAUGCUUUCAUUUUCACUGGUUCCCUCUCUCCUCAUGCCCUCCCCUUAUCUUAUUUGCAUUAUUGAGUUCCGGCGAGUAGCAGAGAAAUAAAGGGGAUGAGCCAAGUCCACUUAUUUGUGUUUCAUAAACUCGUCGGCAGCAUAGUUAGGUGACAUGCCAAUGCUAUCGCAACGAAUCAGGAGAUGUUAAUUGGUGUAGAAGCGUUUGGGACCAAAAUGGUCCCCUAGCAGAUGAGCGCCAGGUCUCUCUCUUUAUUUAUUUAUUUUUUUUUUUGGUGCAGAAUAAUAAUAAUAAUAUUAUUAUUAUAAUAGUGGGAAACAGAACAAACAAAGGUUCUAAAAAAAAUUAGUGGGCAACCGAAAUACAAUCUGAGCCUCCACUCCUUUAGCUAUAGCAAAGCUAAGUCGAGUGAAAAUGUACGAAGGUGCUUGAGCUCCCAUAUCCUGAGACACGGAGAAUUUCUUGAUCCGAUUGAGCAAAGCCACGACAUUUGUAUCCAACUCUCCCAACAAAAAAAAAGAAAAAAAGGAAAAGGGCAGAAAAUCGUAUUUAAUUGUUUUUGUUUUGUUUUGUCGAAUGCUUUUAUUUAAUUAUUUUUUAACACUAUUUGGUGUUGAAACAAAAUCGGGUUUACGGGUACAGUGAUGGCCGUAAAAUUAACAAUGCAAUUUCUGAACUUUGCUAGAAUGAUGAUGUGGUAGGAGGAGGAGCUCAGGUUGAUACAAUAGGAUUGUGCAGUCCAAGGGAACUAGAGAGUUGAGGAUAUCACGCCUGUCGUUGCCUUAUAAAAAAAUAGUUAUUUCAAGUCUCAACGACUCGAGUUAUAAGAAAAAUAUUAAAUGUAUUUUAUAUGAUUUUUUUGCACCCUUCAAACAAAAGAUAACUGGUAUAUUUGAUAAUAUUAAAUGUUUAAUCAAUUG